GGUGGAACAUAUAUAAUUUUGGUACCAAAUGCUCUAAGCCAACAUACACAAACAAAAGAGAUCCUAAACGUGUGAAAUGGCGCCAAGAAUCGGCAUCAAUCCUUUUAGGGUGAAACUGCCGCCAAGAACCGCCAUUGAUCCGACCUUAAAUCGCGCACGUCAAGAAUGGAACCCAAAUCGCCUCUACAGAAAUGGCACAGUUUAAUUACUUGCGAAACUGACUCUCCGAUCCGAUAGUCUUCCCAAUCCUUGCCAUUCAUCUAUAAAGGAGGACCUUUGUAGGGCUUUUUGAGGCAUAUCAACAAACACUUGAUAGGCGCAGCUAUAUCCCAGUCUCCCUGCAUCUCACCUCUCUUCGUCCCCGUUUGACACCAGUGACCCAGUUUCCAUGGCAGAUCCAGAUUUGAGCAUGAAGCUUUUGGUAGACACCAAAGGCCGCAGGAUCCUAUUCGCUGAAGCCAGUAAGGACGUAGUUGAUUUUCUCUUCAACUUACUCUCCCUGCCUCUAGGUACUAGUACAAGAAUUCUGACACCGAAAGGAAUGGUGGGUGGCAUUGGAAAUCUGUACCAGAGCAUAGAGGAUCUGAAAGACACAUAUAUGUUGCCUGGAAAAAGCAAAGACAGUCUUUUGAAGCCAGCAAUUCCAAACAAGUCUCCUCUCUCGUUGACGAGUGACCAAUCGUCGGAACCGAAAUCGUUUUAUAGGUGUUCCAACACCAAUUAUAGCAGCUGUCGCCAGUAUGUGACUCGUGACCCAAAAGCCAAUUGUCCGAAUUGCAAGUCCGCCAUGGCGGCUUCGGCGACCUAUGUUGAUUCAGUGAAUGAAGUGUCAUCCUCUGCUGAAGGUGGGUUUGUGAAAGGAGUGGUGACUUACAUGAUUAUGGAUGAUCUGGAGGUGAAGCCCAUGUCGACUAUCUCUGGUAUUACCGUGUUGAACAAGUUCAAUGUGAAGGAACUCGGUUCUCUAGAAGAGAAAGUUAUUAACUUGACAAUUGAUGAGGGUAAGAAAUUGCUGAGUGCUGCUCUGCAAUCUAAGACAGUGCUAACAGAUGUUUUCUUUGAAGAAAAGAUCACAUUAGACUGAUGGCUUUUAUAAUAUGUAAACAUUCACAUCAAAUUAUCUAAAUACGGGUAUAUCUAUAAAAUAAGGAACAAUCAUAUAGAAUUAUUUCUUUGCUACUAGUAAAAUAAAAUAAAUAAUAAACUCUCAGAAACCCAAAAUCAUUUUCAUCUCUUUCCCUCCGAUCUUUCUCCAGCAUCCUCUUCUUUCUUCGUUCAUUGUCGACGCUCGCCGGACACAUAUCCUUGCUCCUCGUCUCUCGAGCUUGUUAAUAAAAAGUUUUACUUUGGUGAGAAACAAAUCUAAUUUUGGUGAGAUCGAAUGGAGUACUGAACUUCCUCCAUGUAUAUACAGAUGUUCAUCCCCUCUUUGCAAUUGUAGAAUUCAAGACGAAAUUGAACUAGAACCUCUCGAUGUUGAUUAUCGAAAAAUAAGGGCAGCCC